UUCUCCACAUCAAGUGCCCCUGCGCGAGGCUCGCGCUAGCUCUAUAAGUAUAGUCACGCAAGACUCGGCGCGGCCUUGCUCGUGCAAGUAUUCCAUCGAGCCAUCAGCUCGAGUGCUCAGUUCGCGCCAGGGAGGCAUGGAGCCCAUGAGAAGGGAACCUCAGACAAGCAUGGCGGGCGGCACGAGGUCACGUUGUCCCGUGCUGCUGCUGUUGCUCCUCGGCGUGACUGCUCGACUGGCUUCAGGCGUCGUCUCCGACGGCCUAUUACCAAAUGGCAACUUCGAGCUCGGGCCGGCAAAGUCCGAUCUGAACGGCACCAGGGUGAUGAACCAAAACUCCGUACCGAACUGGGAGAUCUUAGGGUUCGUGGAGUACAUCGGGUCCGGGCAGAAGCAGGACGACAUGAUCCUACCGGUGCCGGAAGGCGCAUGCGCCGUGCGUCUUGGCAACGACGCCACCAUCCGGCAGAACCUAAACUUGAUUCGGGAGACGACCUACUCCAUCACCUUCUGCGCGGCGCGCACCUGCGCCCAGGCCGAGAGGCUCAAGGUGUCCGUCGCCGCCGAGUCCGGCGUCCUCCCGAUCCAGACCGUGUACACCAGCAACGGGUGGGACUCCUACUCCUACGCCUUCAGAGCCAGGCACAGCACCGCGUGGUUCAGCAUCCACAACCCCGGCCACGAGGACGACCCGGCGUGCGGCCCCCUCAUCGACUCCGUUGCCAUCAAGGCCCUGAACCCUCCGCAUCUUACCAAGGAUAACAUGCUGAGGAACGGAGACUUCGAGGAGGGCCCGGUCAUCUUCCCGGACACGGCGUGGGGCGUGCUGGUGCCGCCGAUGAGCGAGGACGACGUGUCCCCGCUGCCGGGGUGGAUGGUCAUGUCGGACACGAAGGUCGUCAAGUAUGUGGACGCGGCGCACCACGCGGUGCCGCGCGGCGCGCGCGCCGUGGAGCUGGUGGCCGGCAGGGAGGCCGCGCUGGUGCAGGAGGUGCGCACCGUGCCCGGUCGGCACUAUCGCCUGUCGCUCGCGGUCGGAGACGCCGCGAACGGGUGCGAGGGCCCCAUGGCCGUGGAGGCGUACGCGGCGCGGGCGACGCUGAGGACGACGUACGAGUCCCGGGGGAAUGGCGGGAGCAAGCGCGCCGUGGUCGACUUCACGGCGAUCGCGAACCUCACGCGCGUGGUGCUCCAGAGCUACAACCACCACAUGAAGCCCGACGGGACGCUCUGCGGGCCGGUGGUGGACGACGUCUCCCUCGUCGGCCUGCGCUAGCACGCAGCGCGCCGGUUGUUCUCUUAGUCUGCGGCGAUGUACCUGCUGGUGCCUUGAUGAGUUUGUAUUGGUAAUCCCGUGCACGUGUAUGGCCAUUGGCAAGCGGUCGUAGAUUUUUUUUAUACGUAUAUUCGAGAGGCAGAUCCACUUGUACAAUGUUAUGAUGCUCAUGGCUUCGAGUUCGACUAACGAUUGUGCUGGGUAAACAGAUCAUCUGCGAUUCAGAUGUACUCCUACUUGUAACCACAGUGUCGGUGUUGUUAGAGGCUUUGACUUUGCUGUUCUUUUCUAUGGACAAAAUUUGCAUUAAAAAAUACUUUGGCCGGUGGAUUGCUUC